AUGGACUACAAGACUCCCAUCAUCACCGCAUUGAUCUACUCUACCUGCGUUCACUUGAUCAACAAGACGCGCGGUCGUGGCCCUGCUCCUCGUUUCACCCACUCUCUUUGGUUCAAGGCCUUGGUCCUUGCGCACAACGCAUUUCUCUGCGUCUACUCCGUCUGGACCUUUAUCCACGGUUUUCGUCAGGUUUCCGCCCAGUUCGGUGCUGGUCUUGCUACCGGUCAGUUCGGCAAGGCCUUCUGCGAUCAGUUCCCCCUCCAGGACAACCUUGUCGACAACUUGAUCAACUACUAUGGUUACCUUUUCUACCUUUCCAAGUUCUACGAGAUCUUCGAUACCAUCAUCAUCCUUGUCAAGAACAAGAAGUCUAGCUUGUUGCAGACUUACCACCACUCCGGAGCCAUGAUUACUAUGUGGGCCGGUAUCCGUUACCAGGCUCCCCCGAUCUGGAUCUUCAUUGUCUUCAACUCCUUCAUCCACUCCAUCAUGUACUUCUACUACACCGUCUCUACCCUCCGCCUCCCCUUCCCCCGCGUCCUCAAGCGCUCCCUCACCACCCUGCAGAUCACCCAGUUCCUCGUCGGCGGUUCUACCGCUGCAUCCUACCUCUUCGUCGACAGCUGUCUCAAGGCUCCUGGUCAGAUCUGGGCUGUUAUCCUUAACGUUGCCUACCUCACUCCCCUCACCUACCUCUUCUGCCAGUUUUUCAUCGCCUCUUACUUGAAGGGCCCCAGCUCCAAGGCUAGCACCAAGCAGGCCAAGAAGAUCAACGAGAGCAUUGAGGCCCAAUGA